AUGAUCGCGAACGGACCGUCCCUUUCGGGCAGCGGCACGAGCGGAAGCGCUCUGGAGACCGGAGCCCGACCGUUGGGCAACAACCGACCCCUCGGCAGCUCCGGCCUCCUCGGCUCGAGCGGACCGCAAAGUCCUCUGGGUAGCGGGGCCGCGCUGGGCAGCGGGUCGGCUGCGCUCGGUAGCGGGACCGCUGCGCUUGGUAACGGGACCGCGGCGCUCGGUAGCGGGACCGCGGCGCUCGGUAGCGGGACCGCGGCACUCGGUAGCGGCGCCGCGGCGCUCGGCAGCGGCGCAACGGCCCUGGGUAGUGGUGGCAUGGCUAUGUUGGGUGGGUCGCCUGCGACCGUGGUGCUGCCCGUGCUACCUACCGGGUCCAGUUCGCCCGGGGAGCACGUGCAGCGGUCGGCGCGGAGUCAGCAAAAGGCGCCUGCGAAAGGUUGGUGGAAGACGGAGAUCUGCAAAUUCUGGCGCGAGUCGGGAGGGUGUCGGAACGAGAACAACUGCCGGUGGGCGCACGGGGAGCACGAGUUGCGGAAGCUGGAGUCUGCGGACGACUCGGUGACGCACCGCGCAGCGACGGCGGCGUCGGCGGAGUCGGCGGGCUCGGCGACGCUCUGGUCGAACUGGGUGCACGUGAACUGGAACCCGGCGGCGGGCAAUGCGGAAUCGCCGCGGACAGCCGGUUCGCCGGACGUGGGGUCUGCGAAGGGGUUGCCGAGUGGCGACCGACGGCAGGGCAAGGGCGGCGACAGUAAUCCUCCGGAAUCAUUGAAUGCGAGCAUGACAGCGGCCAUAACGGGCGGAGUUGUUAUGACGUCGCCGAGAAAUCCACCGGAGAAGGGGGCAGGUCCGCCGGAAUACGGCACCAAGGCGGAAAAGAACAGUCUCCAAACACUUUGGGAGGUACUUAAGGAGAAGAACAGCUCCCUACGAGGAAUCGAAGAAAACAUAAUAAUAUCAGGUCCCAGCAAUCUUGUAAUGGACACCGAAUACUGGAAUCGGGUGUUCACCAUGUUCACUAUUCCUGCCAACGUCUGCCAAUUGUGCGGCGCGGCGAACAAUUUCAAGCCGACUGUCGUGGCGCAUUCCGAAAGCUGUAUCUCAACAUGCGGCUCCUGUCUAGCCAUCGCCGACGAAAAGGCGGCAUCAUUGACUCUGGUACCCCAAACUACCUUAUCCGACAAGAAGAAGCUCCUAUACUGGGGACUAACGCUGGCCAGGUAA